AUGACCACCACUACUACCCAGUGCCUAACCCUCUCCAGAUCAACCAUCCAGCCUCUUAAAAGUGACCAUGUAAACCCAAGAAGUGUCCAUGAGUCCAUUCGCCAAGUUUUGCAUCAUGAGUUUCUCAUCACAGAGCGAUUACUCCGCGCCAACAUCCGUGAAGGCCUAGUCUUGCCCAUCGUCGGCCUCAUCGCUCGAUUCCUGCCUGCUCCAGACCUCCUCCUCACGACCCCCUGGACCCAGCUGGCCCUGGUGCUCCUCAAGACCUUCGUUUGCUUCGUCUGCCACCUGUACGUGUUCGAGAUCGUGAACCAAGUCCUCUCCAUCGACGAAGACAUCGUCAACAAGCCGCACCGACCGAUCCCGGCCGGCUUGCUCUGCAUCCCCGGUGCCUAUAGACGCUGGCUCCUGAGUUGGGCCAUCUGCCCCGUCAUUGCCAGCCACCUCGCGGGUCCGGAAGCCGCCGGCCUUUUCGGAAUAUAUCAAGCGUGGGUGUAUUUUUGCUACGUCUGGCCGAAGCCCAACCACUGGGUCUUCCGGAACGCGUUUGCGUCCAUCGGCGCGUACAACAUGUUCCGGCUCGUGGACACCAUCGUGCACGGCGAGGUCCCGUCGUUCCCGGUCAUGCCGAAGAAGGUCCUCCUCUGCUUCUCUGCGUGGGUGGUGACCACAGUACAUGUGCAGGAGUUCCAUGAUGCCGAGGGUGACCGACGGAUGAAGCGACGGACGCUUCCCGUCGUCGUUGGACCCCAGGGAGAAGGGCUCCUCCGAGCAGCCACCGCAAUGCUUGUCAUCGGGUCGGGCGCCGUGCUCCUCGUCGCCACGUCUUCGUACACCCAGGGCUCUUCCCUCCCUCAUCAACGUUGGGCGGUAGCGGGACUCGCCGUAACAGGCAUCCUGCACAACAUCUUCGCAUGCAUCGUUGGAUUCCGGUGCGUCUGGCACGGCGGCGUUGCCUUCGAUCGCAAAACGUAUAAAUGGUUUUACAUGUUGGCGGCGUAUACCAUGAUCUGUUAUUUGUCGUUCUGGCAGAUGACGAUGCAGGAUAUCUAG